AGAUCUGUUAGGGGGAGGGAAACGUGCACUAAAAUUCUUCUUUUUUUCCCAGCCCAACAGAUGCUCCUUCUUUGUCAGGGUAUAAACGGCUCAAGGGAGGACGGACCAGCUCCCCCCAGCUGGAGCCACAAACCAAGCUACCCAGAUCUCGAAAAAAUGACUUGUGCAGCCGACAGCUGCAUCCAAUUCACGCGUCAUGCAAGUGAUGUUCUGCUCAACCUGAACCGAAUGCGUAGCAGAGAUAUCCUUACAGAUGUCAUGAUUCUGGUCAACAGACAACAGUUCCGAGCACACAAAACGGUCCUUAUGGCAUGCAGUGGGCUCUUCUACUCAAUCUUUACUGAUUCACACAAAUGUACCCUGAACGCCAUCAGUCUGGACCCUAAGGUCGACCCAGAGGGUUUUGCAAUCCUCCUGGAGUUCAUGUACACUUCACGUCUCGCACUGAAGGAGAGCCUCAUCAUGGCCAUCAUGAACACAGCCAUCUAUUUACAGAUGGACCACGUUGUUGACACCUGCCACAGAUUCAUAAAGUCCAGUGACUCCUCCAUAAAACUUUCCAGAGAGGACUUUCUUGUCAGCCCCCUGCUUUUACCUCAAGACGUUCACAGCUACAGACCCCAUGAGGUGAUGGAAAACGUUCCUGGACGGUCAGCUACUUUCAGAGAUGGGAGACCCUAUGGUGUCUGCAUGUUUAACGGGGUCAGCGCUCCUAACAGCUCGUACCUUUACAGCCAGUUUCCCAUGCAAGGUUUUCCCUUUCCCCUUUGCAAGCUGACAGACCCCAAAAACACUUUCUCAGACUUCUCAAAGGGAGCCAUCAUCCAACACAAACACUGCUCGCCGGCUGAUGGCAACAACCCCAUCCUGGCCGACUUCACCCGUAGCGCCACCGGCGGGAGCUCAACCACUUGCCAUGCCAGCUCACACUCUUCGAGAGAACUGGGAAGAGAUGAGGAAAUGAAGCGGGAGACCUUGGAGGGAGGGGUCCAUUCGAUUGGGAUGAGCUCCAGAAAGCACAGCUUCAUCAGUGUGGCCCAGGAGCAGCAGAGGGAGAACGGGAAAGAGCAAAGUUCCCUGGCAGAGGAACAUUUGAGCCACCAACACUACUCCAUGGGCAUGUCCUCUAAUGGACGCAAAACCUUGAUGAGCAGUCCUCAGAGCCCCCUUAAAUCAGACUGCCAGCCCAAUUCCCCAACGGAAUCGAGCAGCAGCAAAAACGCUGCCCUUACGCAGGCCUCGCAACCCCCAACCUCUCAGGGUACUCAAGACCCUAAAGCUCGUAACUGGAAGAAAUACAAAUUCAUUGUUCUCAAUCAGAGUUCCAAGGAGGAGGAGACCAUUCCUCAUGACCCUGGAAUGCACUCCCCGCAGAGGCCGGGCUUGUCUGCUUUUCUUCACCAUGUUGAUUCUGAACAUCCCGACUCGAAGGCGACAACGAAGAUUAGCGAGCAAGGCGAGGACUUCACUGUGCCUCAGGCCAGUCGCCUCAACAACAUCAUCAACAGAACUCUAGAGGGAUCACAGAGGAAAAGUGGCAGCCACUCUUCGCUCUAUAUGAGCCAUUUGAAAUGCUCGUCCUGUGGCUCCCAGUCUCCACAGCACUCUGACGUCUGUCCCAACACAUCCACCUCACGUCUGGCUGAGGAAAUGUCUGAGAUGCACUCCGAGUACUCUGAUUCCAGCUGUGAAAAUGGAACGUACUUUUGUAAUGAAUGCGACUCCAAGUUUGCAGAGGAGGAAGCCUUGAAACGCCACAUGCUUCAGGUCCACAGCGACAAGCCAUACAAAUGUGACCGUUGCCAAGCAGCGUUCCGCUACAAGGGAAACCUUGCCAGUCACAAAACAGUUCACACCGGAGAGAAACCGUAUAGAUGCAAUAUCUGCGGGGCUCAGUUCAACAGACCAGCUAACCUCAAAACCCACACACGAAUUCACUCAGGAGAAAAGCCAUACAAGUGUGAGACCUGCGGCGCUAGAUUUGUGCAGGUUGCUCACCUUCGGGCUCACGUUCUGAUUCAUACCGGAGAGAAGCCAUAUCCAUGCGAGAUCUGUGGCACUCGUUUCCGUCAUUUGCAGACACUGAAAAGUCACCUGCGAAUACACACGGGAGAAAAGCCCUAUCAUUGUGAGAAAUGCAACUUGCAUUUUCGCCACAAGAGUCAGCUGCGGUUACACCUGCGGCAAAAGCACGGCGCAGUCACCAACACCAAGACCCAAUAUCGCAUGUCCUCAACAGACCUGCCAACCCACUUAAUGUAGGCAUGCUGAGCAGACACUUAGUGGCAGACCUGACCAUGGCAUUAUACGACCUGACUUGUACAAUCAUUCAAAAUUUUUGUGCCACACUGUGUUAUUCGGACAAAAAAAAACACUGGCAAGAACUGCCAGUCUAAACGGGUUUCCUCUACAUUUUAAUAUAGAACCACAAUAUGGUCACUUGUAGUCACUUUAUUGUUUAUAUUUACAUACAUAUAUAUAUUAAUGUUGGGAGUGUUUUUACGUUUUGAAUUAUAUAUACAUGUGUGUGUGUAUGUGUAUAUAUAUAUAUAUGUAUAUAUAUAUAUAUUUAUAUAUAUAUAUAUAUAUAUAUAUAUAUAUAAAAGCUUUAUUUUGUUGGAAGAAGGAUGGAAUGUAAAACAUUUAAAUCCAGUUUUUGAAAAUACAGUAUUUUCUAACAAAAAAAACAAACAAACAAAAAAAAACUUUUCUGAAGGUUGAUUUUUGAUUGAGGUUGGAAUAUUUUAAGUCAAAACACAUUUCUCGCAAAGCAAAGAAUUGUGUCACUAUAGAUUUUUAUAUGUAAAUGUACAGGUUACACUAUGUUGGAAUGACCUCUUGUAAGAGGAACUCCUGACUGUGACUAUAGCAUUGAACAUCUUUCUUGGUUUUUGACGUGUACUUAUGAAUAAUGGCUGCUCUCUCAAAUGGAAAACAUGCAUGAGGUGGGUCGCCUCUGAUAAAAACUUUCACCAUCUAGGCAACUGCAUAAAUAUUGUGUCAGUGUAAUUACUUUACAUCAAGAUUGCUCUCUGCUGGCAGAGCCGAUCUGGAAUUACAUGGUAACAUAUGCAUUCAAAAGUAAUAAUGACAAUAAUAAUAAUAA